UUAAAAAAUCAAAAAUUUUCAGAAAUGAGAAAAAAAUUCUCUCAUUCCUUUCCAAACCUUCUACCAUACGCCUUCCCCUUAAUUAUCUUUUUCCUUGUAUUUUUCAAAAUCUCGUCAUGCGAAGGAACCCCAAACUUCAACAAAGCAAUGCGAACCCAAGUCAAGCAAUUUUUGGAAGCAAGUUUAGAAGAUAUUCAUAAAUACAAAAACGACGAUGCUCUUUUACACCUGUUCAAUGGCCUUUCACUCUACGAAGACCAUUUUCGAUUUGGAGGGAUUCUUGACUAUUGUAUUGAUAAAGGAUAUGUAAGAUUAUUAUUAUUAAAAUAA